UACUGUUGCGAGGCAACGAGAGAACGAAAGAAGACUUGUAAGCGAUUGAAUAUUAGUUUGUAUUUCGAAGGCUGGCUUGCUACGAAGUUGCACACUUACGUGGUGUCUCCCGUGUUCUCUCGAAUUUACACGAACCAGGAUGGCAGCGGCUAAGCAACCAAAAGAAAAGCACCCUGUGGAUAUUGUUCAUCAGAACGCAAUUCACGUCGAGACCAUAAAGAAGGAGAAUAGGAGCCAACGAUUGUACACGCUAUUUAGCAUAAACCCGUACAAAAGACUUCAUGUUUUGACUGACAAGCCUAUGGCCAGCCCCACCCACGACAACAUAGAGGAGGAUCCUGCUUUCCUGAAGAUCAUCCACAGGGCUUGUUUGGAACCAACCAAGAAAUACACUCACCCCCAAACUGAGAGCCAAGAGAUAGGCUGGACAUCCAGACCUCUGAUUGUUUCAGAUCGCAGUGAUAGGAGACUGAACUGGCCACGGCAGAACUCUGAGAUCACCAAGUACAUGGAUGCAGCAUGGCGUCUGAAAGAACAGACACAGAACCUGGGCUAGAUCUCCGGCCUACUACAAGCCUCAAUUUGGAUAAACUACUGGAUCAUUGGCCUCUUUGCUGGAUAUCAAUUGAGAAAUAUUAAAUGGAGAAUAUUGCUUUACUGUCCCAAGCAAACAACUGGUUGCAGACAGACCUACUGUAUAAUGUCAAACACCAUAACGUCUUUCAGAAAAUAAAUAUUGAACUAGUACAAAUCAUUUGUCAAAAAGAAACAGGAGCAGGUAUAGCCUGGUCCCAGGUCUGUUUGUGCCCUUGCCAUCUCCAUUGUGGUCAUUAUUGUCAAGCCAAAAAUGACACCGCAUGACAAUGAGUUUGUAUAAUACCACAGAAAGGCACUCAAAUCCGAUUUUAUUUGUCAAAUGCAUUGAAUACAACAGGUGUAGGUAGAACUUCCCAUGAAAUGCUUACUUACAAGCCCUUUACCAACAAUGCAGUUCAAGAAAGCUUUAAGAAAAUAUUUACUAAAUAAACUAAAGUAAAACAAUAUAUAUAAUCAAGAAACUUACAUAAUAGCAAGGCUAUAUACAGGGGGUAUGCAUCGUUAAUAGACAGUGAGUAGCAACAGUGUAAAAACAAAUAUAAAUAGUCUGGGUAGUAUUUGAUUUUUUUGUUCAGCAAUCGUAUGGCUUGGGGGUAGAAGCUGUUAAGGAACUUUUUGGUCCUAGACUUGGCACACUGUUACUGCUUGCUAUGCAGUAGCAGAGAGAACAGUCUAUGACUGGAGUCUGACAAUUUUUGGGGAUUUCCUCUGACACCGCCUAGUAUAUAGGUCCUGGAUGUCAGGAAGCUUGGGCCCAGUGAUGUUCUGGGCCUUACGGUCAGAUGCCGAGCAGUUGCCAUAUCAGGCGGUGAUGCAACCGGUCAGGAUGCUCUCGCUGUAGCCGUAGAACGUCUUGAGGAUCUGGGGACCCAUGCCAAAUCUUUUCAGUCUCCUGAGGGGAAAAAGUUGUUGCCGUGCCCUCUUCACAACUGUCUUAGUGUGUUUGGACCAUGAUAGUUUGUUUGUGAUAUGGACACCAAAAAAACUUGAACUCUCCACCUGCUCCACUUCAGCCCUGUCGAUGUUAACGAGGCCCUGUUCGGACCUCCUUUUCCUAUUGUCCACGAUCAUCUCCUUGGUCUUACUGCCAGUGAGGGAGGGUCUGUUGUCCUGGCAUCACACUGCCAGAUCUCUGACCUGUUGGUGAUCAGGCCUACCACUGUUGUGUCGUCAGCAAACUUAAUGUCUUGGAGUCGUGCUUGGCCACACAGUCGUGGGUGAACAAGGAGUACAGAAGGGGCCCCUGUGUUCAGGAUCAGCGUGGGGGCUAUCCGUCAGGAAGUCCAGGAUCUAGUUGCAGAGGGAGGUGUUUAGUCCCAGGGUCCUUAAUUUAGUGACAAGCUUUGUGGGUACUAUGGUAUUGAACACUGAGCUGUAGUCAAUGAACAGCAUUCUCACAUAGGUGUUCCUUUUGUCCAGGUGGGAAAGGGCAGUGUGGAGUGCGAUUGCAUCAUCUGUGGAUCUGUUGUGGCGGUAUGCGAAUUGGGUCUAAGGUUUCCGGCAUGAUGGUGUUGAUGUGAGCCAUGACCAGCCUUUCAAAGCACUUCAUGGCUACCGACGUGAGUGCUACGGGGCGGUAAUCAUUUAGGCAGGUUAUCUUCGCUUUCUGGGGUACAGGGAAUAUGGUGGUCUGUGUGAAACAUGUAGGUAUUACAGACAGUCAGGGGAGGCUGAAAAUGGCAGAGAAGACACUUGCCUGCCAGUUGGUCAGCGCAUUAUUUGAGUAAUCCGCCUGGCACCGUGACUUUGUGAAUGCCGACCUGUUUAUAAGGGCCGGACCCUUUUUCCCAAUUUUCACCUAAAAAAUGACAACACACACCGAUCCCAUAGAGGUUGAAUGUCUUCCUCACAUUGGCUACGGAGAGCGUGAUCACACAGUCAUUCGGGACAGCUGGUGCUCUCAUGCAUGCUUCAGUGUAGGAUUCAAUCUUAGUCCUGUAUUGACGCUUUGCCUGUUUGAGGGCACAGUGGGAUUUAUUAUAAGCGUCCAGAUUAGUGUCCCCCUCCUUGAAAGCGGCAGCUCUAGCCUUUAGCUCGGUGCGGAUGUUGCUUCUAAUCCAUGGCUUCUGGUCAGGAUAUGUACAUACGGUCACGGUGGGGACGACGUCGUCGCUGCACUUAUUGAUGAAGCCAGUGACUGAGGUUGUAUACUCCUCAGGCUAAACCAGGGGUUAUUCUUGUGCCAAAUAAAAAAAAGUUCAGAUUUAACAUUUACCCAGAUCUAUAGAAAGUAACACAUUGGCCCAUCACAUAUUAAUACUAUUGAUAGAUGUUAAAGGCCAAACAUGACAGCUGUUCAAUAUUACAAAAUGUCAUGUCAUUAGGGGUAGUGAAUCAGUGUCAAUUCGCAGACUUGAAAAAUUGCAGAUUUUGCUAAGUAAUAUAAGUAUUAA